CCCUGCCCAGGGUGUGACGACAUUGGCUGCGCCGCUCGGGUUGCAGCUGUGUGAGCUCCGGGAGAUGACACCGAGCCCUUUGUGUGAGGCGGCGGCGGCGGCCUGAGAGGAGAGCGGCAUCCGGGCGCCCGACCCGCUCUGCUCCGGAGCAGAUCACUUUAGGAUUGAAAAAGGCAAAGGGAAAUCAACAUGGCGGACGACAGCGAGUGGAUGAAACUUCCCAUUGACCAGAAAUGUGAGCACAAGCUUUGGAAAGCCAGAUUAAGUGGUUACGAGGAGGCGGUGAAACUGUUCCAGAAGAUUGUAGAUGAGAAGAGCCCAGAAUGGGGAAAAUAUCUAGGAUUAAUCAAGAAGUUUGUGACCGAUUCCAAUGCCGUCGCCCAGUUAAAAGGCCUGGAAGCUGCUCUUGUUUACGUGGAAAAUGCACAUGUUGCGGGGAAGACCACAGGAGAGGUGGUGUCGGGUGUUGUGAACAAGGUGUUCAAUCAGCCCAAAGCCCGGGCAAAGGAACUUGGCUCUGAUAUCUGCUUGAUGUACAUAGAGAUAGAGAAAGGUGAAGCAGUACAAGAAGAGCUGCUGAAAGGUCUAGAUAACAAGAACCCAAAGAUUGUUGUGGCCUGUGUGGAGGCGCUGCGGAGAGUGUUGAGCGAGUAUGGUUCAAAAAUUACGUCCCUGAAGCCAAUCAUUAAAGUGUUGCCAAAGCUUUUUGAGUCUCGAGAGAAGGCAAUAAGAGAUGAAGCCAAGCUCCUGGCAGUGGAGAUAUAUCGCUGGAUAAGAGAUGCCCUGAGGCCCCCGUUACAGAAUAUUAAUCCCGUGCAGCUCAAAGAGUUGGAGGAAGAGUGGGUGAAACUUCCCCAGUCGGCUCCAAAGCAGACCCGUUUCCUGCGCUCACAGCAAGAUCUCAAGGCCAAGUUUGAGCAGCAGCAGGCGAGCGGGGAUACAGGAGGAGAAGACUGUGAAGAAGAAGCUGUGCCACAGGUGGAUGCCUAUGAGCUGCUGGAAGCUGUUGAGAUUCUUUCCAAAUUGCCAAAAGAUUUCUAUGAUAAAAUUGAGGCCAAAAAGUGGCAGGAGAGAAAGGAGGCUUUGGAAGCCAUUGAGAUCCUUGUCAAAAAUCCCAAGAUUGAAGCUGGUGACUUUGGUGACCUUGUGAGAGCACUCAAGAAGGUUGUUGGAAAAGACACCAAUGUAAUGCUUGUAGCACUGGCUGCUAAAUGUCUGGCAGGGCUUGCUGCUGGCCUCAGGAAGAAGUUUGGCUCUUAUGCUGGACAGGUUGUGCCAACUAUAUUAGAGAAGUUCAAGGAGAAGAAGCCUCAAGUGGUCCAAGCCUUACAAGAGGCAAUAGAUGCCAUUUUUCUCACCACCACAUUACAGAACAUCAGUGAAGAUGUUUUGGCUGUCAUCGAUAACAAGAACCCAACCAUAAAGCAACAAACAUCUCUCUUCCUUGCUAGGAUUUUCCGCCACUGCACGGCUUCCACGCUGCCAAAGAGCUUGCUGAAGCCCUUCUGUGCAGCGCUCCUCAAGCAAAUCAAUGAUUCUGCUCCAGAAGUCAGAGAUGCAGCCUUUGAGGCACUGGGUACCGCCCAAAAAGUAGUUGGUGAGAAAGCGGUCAACGCUUUUCUUGGGGAGGUGGACAAGCUGAAGCUCGAUAGGAUCAAAGAAUGUGCGGACAAAGUUGAACUAGCUUAUGGUAAGAAGACAGGAGGGGUAUCUGGUGAAAAGAGAGAAACCAAAGCACCUGCUGCAGGUCUAGGGAAGACUGCACCCUCUCAGAGUGCAGCCAGUGAGAAGGAUUCAGCCAAGCCUGGCAUGGCAGCCAAAAAGCCACCUGCUGCCAAGGCUGGAGGACCAGUCAAAAAGGCCAAAGCAUCAACAUCUGCUGCAGGAGGUGCUAAAGGCAAGAAGGCAGCAGAAGCCAAAGAGGUUAUUGAACAAGAGCUGUCGCCUGAGGCCUGUGAAGAGAAGGCGGCAGCAGUUCUUCCUGCCUCUUGCAUGCAGCAGCUGGACAGUGGCAACUGGAAGGAAAGGUUGGCGAGCAUGGAAGAAUUCCAAAAGGCUGUUGAGACCAUGGAACGGAAUGAAAUACCCUGCCAAGCACUGGUCAGAAUGCUUGCCAAGAAACCUGGUUUUAAAGAGACGAACUUCCAGGUCAUGCAAAUGAAGCUACACAUUGUAGCUCUCAUUGGGCACAAAGGUAACUUUUCUAAAACUUCUGCCAAUGUGGUCCUGGAUGGGCUGGUAGACAAAGUGGGAGAUGUCAAAUGUGGAGGGAAUGCCAAGGAAGCUCUGAGUGCUAUAGCCGAGGCCUGCUCACUACCAUGGACAGCUGAGCAGGUUGUAUCGCUGGCUUUUGCACAGAAAAAUCCAAAGAACCAAUCGGAAACGUUGAACUGGCUCUCUAAUGCAAUUAAAGAGUUUGGUUUUGCUGGGAUCCAUGUCAAGGCUUUUAUCAGCAAUGUGAAGAUUGGUCUGGCUGCCACAAACCCAGCUGUUAGGAUCUCCACCAUCACUUUGCUGGGUGUGAUGCAUCUGUAUAUGGGAGCACCACUACGCAUGUUCUUCGAGGAAGAAAAGCCUGCUCUUCUCUCACAGAUUGAUGCCGAGUUUGAAAAGGUGAAGGGUCAGACUCCACCAGCACCGACUCGUGGUUCUACCAAGACUGGCUUGGGUGGUGAGGAAGGGGAUGAUGGAGAGGAUCAGGAUGAUGCUCCUGCUGAUGUUAUGGAUUUGCUGCCAAGGACCGAUAUCAGUGAUAAAAUCACCUCUGAUCUAGUGUCUAAAAUAGGGGAUAAAAAUUGGAAAAUCCGCAAAGAGGGUCUUGAUGAAGUGACUGCCGUAAUUAACGAGGCAAAGUUCAUCCUUCCCAAUAUUGGAGAGCUACCAAGUGCACUAAGUGGCCGUCUCACUGACUCCAACAAGAUCCUGGUCCUGCAGACUUUGGGCAUCUUACAGCAGCUUGCCACCGCCAUGGGUCCUAAUAUAAAAGCACAUGUUAAGCAUUUGGGCAUGCCUAUUAUUACAGUCUUGGGAGAUAGCAAGGCAAAUGUUAGGGCUGCAGCGCUAGUGACGCUCAAUGCUUGGGUGGAACAGACUGGCAUGAAGGAGUGGUUGGAAGGAGAAGAUCUCUCUGAAGAGCUGAAAAAGGAAAACCCUUUCUUGAGACAGGAGCUUCUUAAAUGGCUGGCAGAGAAACUGCCCACUUUGUCCACUGUUCCUUCGGAUUUACUGCAUUGUGUCCCACAUCUGUAUUGCUGCCUGGAGGACCGUAAUGGGGAUGUGCGUAAAAAAGCUCAGGAGGCUCUGCCCAUGUUCAUGAUGCACAUCGGGUUUGAAAAAAUGUACAAAGCAACUGGCAAGCUGAAACCUGCCUCUAAGGACCAAGUUGUUGCCAUGCUGGAGAAAGCUAAAGCCAUCAUGCCAGCCAAGCCUGCUGCCCCAACCAAGAGCUCUUCUAAACAGUCUGGAGGGCCUGCCCAGUCUUCAGCACCUCCUCCAAUGGCUGCGGUUUCUGACUCUGGACCUCUUGCUUCAGAGAGCAAACCAGAUCCCAAGAAGGGCAAGCCAAGUGCACCAGCAGCGAAAGGAAAGACCCAAUCCGUAUCCUCUGAGGGUAAUACCAGCAUGACGCCAACGAAGGUUAACACCAGCAUAUCCAAAGCAAAGUCUGCAAAGUCUGUGCCUGCAAAGAAAGUGCCGAGCAAGCCGGCCGGAAAGGAUGAGGAAGACAAGUCUGGUCCCAUUUUUAUAAUUGUUCCUAAUGGAAAAGAGCAGAGAGUGAAGGAUGAGAAGGGCCUGAAGGUUCUGAAAUGGAACUUCCCUGCCCCUCGUGAUGAGUAUAUUGAACAGCUCAAAACACAAAUGUCAACGUGUAUUGCGAAGUGGCUACAGGAUGAGCUCUUCCAUGCUGACUUCCAGCGUCAUAUAAAGGCCAUGGCUGUGAUGACAGAGCAUUUGGAGAGUGAGAAGGAAGGAGCAAUUAGCUGCUUGGACCUAUUACUUAAAUGGUUUACCUUGCGCUUUUUUGACACAAAUACCAGUGUCCUGAUGAAGGUCCUGGAGUACCUGAAGUUGCUCUUCAACAUGCUUAGCCAAGAUGAAUAUCACAUGACAGAGCUGGAAGCCACCUCGUUUAUCCCAUACCUGCUGCUGAAGGUGGGCGAGCCAAAGGAUCUUGUACGGAAGGAUGUGCGUGCCAUUCUGACAAAGAUGUGCCAGGUGUACCCAGCCAGCAAAAUGUUUAACUUUGUGAUGGAAGGGAUCAAAUCUAAGAACUCCAAGCAGCGCGCAGAGUGCCUGGAAGAGCUGGGCUGUUUGGUAGAGUCCUAUGGUAUGAAUGUUUGCCAGCCAACUCCUGGGAAAGUGCUGAAGGAAAUCGCUGUACACAUUGGAGAUCGUGACACAACUGUACGCAAUGCUGCCCUCAACACCAUAGUGGCCGUGUACAACGUGCAUGGGGAGCAAAUCUUCAAACUCAUUGGAAAUCUCUCCGAGAAAGACAUGAGCAUGCUGGAAGAGCGGAUAAAACGUGCUGGCAAGAAGCAGGCGACACCUGCCCCAGCCAAACAGGUAGAAGAGAAACCUCAGCGGGUACAAAGUGCCAACACCAGCCAGCUGCGGAAAGCACCGCCUGAGGAUAUGUCUUCCAAACUGAAAAUAAUGUACCGCACUUAUAGGAUCCAAGCACGAAACAUGGGAGGCCACUCGGAGCCUGCUCACACAAUUCCGCGCGAGUUCCAGUUGGAUCUGGAUGAAAUUGAGAAUGACAACGGCACUGUGAGAUGCGAGAUGCCAGCCCUGGUCCAGCACAAAUUGGAUGAGAUAUUUGAUCCAGUCUUGAUUCCAGAACCAAAGAUUCGGGCGGUCUCCCCACAUUUUGAUGACAUGCACAGUAACACUGCUUCUACCAUCAACUUUGUGAUCUCCCAAGUUGCCAGUGGUGACAUCAAUGCCAGUAUCCAAGCUUUAGCCCAGAUUGAUGAAGUCUUGCGGCAAGAAGAUAAGGCCGAAGCCAUGUCUGGCCACAUAGACCAGUUCUUGAUUGCUACGUCUAUGCAGCUACGCCUGGUGUACAACACCCACAUGGCAGAUGAGCGGCUGGAUAAGGAUGACAUUGUACGCCUGUAUAGCUGCAUCAUUGGAAACAUGAUUUCACUCUUCCGGAUGGAAAGUCUGGCACGGGAGGCCUCCACUGGCGUUCUGAAAGAUCUUAUGCAUGGUCUGAUCACCCUCAUGUUGGAUUCCCGGGUGGAAGAUCUUGAGGAGGGGCAGCAAGUGGUGCGGUCUGUCAACCUCCUGGUGGCAAAAGUGCUGGAGAGAUCGGACCAGACUAAUAUACUGAGUGCUCUCCUUGUGCUGCUCCAGGACAGCCUGCUUGCCACAGCCAGCUCGCCCAAAUUCUCAGAGCUGGUCAUGAAGUGUCUAUGGCGGAUGAUCCGACUCAUCCCAGAAGCCAUAAAUAACAUCAAUCUGGACCGAAUUCUGCUGGACAUUCAUAACUUUAUGAGGGUCCUACCCAAAGAGAAGCUAAAGCAGCACAAGAGUGAGCUGCCUAUGAGGACGCUGAAGACUCUUCUGCAUACGUUGUGCAAGCAUAAAGGCCCAAAGAUCAUGGAUCACCUGAGCAUGAUUGAGAACAAGCACGAAUCGGAACUAGAGGCUCAUCUGCUCAGAGUAAUGAAGCACUCCAUGGAUGGUACAGGCUCCAAGUCCGACAAGGAGAGCGAAAAAGGAGCGUCCCACACAGAGGAGAAGGCUUCAAAGGCAAAUGUCAGCGACUUCCUUGCCGAGAUUUUCAAGAAGAUCGGGUCUAAAGAAAACACAAAGGAGGGUCUGGCUGAGCUGUACGAGUACAAGAAAAAAUACUCUGAUGCAGACAUUGAACCUUUCCUCAAAAACUCCUCCCAGUUCUUCCAGAGCUACGUGGAACGUGGCCUCCGACUCAUUGAGAUGGAAAGAGAAGGGAAAAAUCGCAUUGCAUCCUCUGCAGUUUUGUUGUUCCCCACAGGUAUUACACCACACGGGAUGGAUAUCAAUACACUCCCAGUAGUCACCAGUGCUGCUGCUCCUGUGACAAACACUAACGGGGAAGAGGUUGGGCCUUCAGUCUACCUGGAAAGGCUGAAAAUACUGCGGCAGAGGUGUGGGCUUGACAACGCCAAGCAGGAUGAGCGGCCUCCACUGAGCUCCUUGCUCUCAAAGACCACUACCCCAGCAGUGGUGUCCUCCACAGACAUGCUCCACAGCAAGCUCUCUCAGCUCCGGGAAUCCCGCGAGCAGUUCCAGCACUUGGAUCUAGACUCCAACCAGACGCACACCAGUACCACUUCUUCCUCGGCCUCCACGGCCAACAUUGACGACUUGAAAAAAAGACUGGAAAGAAUAAAAAGUAGUCGGAAGUGAGAACUUCAAAUGCUCGUGCCUGUUUCCUGUACCAUGUCUAGGAGUCUCAUCUCUGACUCAGUGGCUGUGUCUAGGCCUAUUGUAAACUAUUGUUUUAUGUAUCAUACUGUGUAUUUCUUUGUUCUCCGGAGGGAUUGCAACAUACUGUGGCUGAAUAUUUGUAUAUACAUUGCCGUUCUAACUCCCCCUCUGUCUUAGUGUACAGACUGUCUACAUGUCCUAUACCCAAACCCUGGCUUUCCAUGGCUCUUAUAUUUGUAGCUCUGUGGCUGUUUUUUGUUUUUGUUUUUUUUACAUGCUUUUAAUUUAAGAUAAAGCAGUGGAUCGCUGAUUCUGUAUGGAAUCGUAAGGCAUGGCAUGAAAAUGUUUUUGUAAAUAAAGGUUGAAAUACUGUAAGUGAGUGCAUUGUAAAUGAUGCUGUUUUCAGUUGCUCCAGUGGUUUUUGAUCUGUACAUUACAGUAACUAAUCUACAAAGGCCUUGUACCCCCACCUAGCUGCUAACUCCAGCUCUGAGUCUACAUCUGGCAUUUCCAUCCUAAUGGGCCAUUAAAAAUAAAAACUUCACUCAUUUAAAAGGAAA